UCGGUUUCGUAUACAAUUGCAAGAGGGGUCUAAUUUGAGAGAUUUUCAAACAUGCUUCGUCAUAUAUAAUCUCUUCCUUACGCAGGAUCUUAAAAUGUCUCUGUAACCAAAAAGGUAACUGUUAUAUAUCUGAUUUUCAUCAAUUGUGACAUCCCACAAGUACCUGUUAAAUCACGUUACUGAUCUGGAACCAAUCUAACUGAGUCCUUGUCAACAUGUGAAGUUGUCUCAAGUUGAGUGAGUAACAGAUUGUACACAUAACAAUGUCCGAUGUUGGAGUGAAUAUAUAGCUUAGAAAGGGAGAGAGUCGGAUUCAUGGAGGUAGAACAGGAAGAAGGGGAUACAGAUGAUUGGCCACCGUAUCUACUGGAGGACCUGCCCACAGAGGCUUUACUGGAGAUAUUCCAACACCUUGACUGGCAAAACCUUAUGAAUGUGUCGCAAACCUGCUCACGCUUCAGAGACCUCUGUCUAAAGGCAACACUAUGGUUGCACAUGAAACAGUUGGAUUUCAGAAAUUGUGCCAUCCCGUAUGAUAGAAGUGUUCUACAGAUAAUGUCAAAGUGUCCAAAUAUUGAGGUGUUGUGUCUGGGGGAUGUACUACUGGAGGAAGAGGAAGAGGAAGAGGACAUAGACAUGUUAGAAACAAAUCUUGUAGGCAUCGACAAAUUCUUUCUCAGUGUCCUCAAACAGAACAUCCAUGUAAAACAGCUUCAUCUCAGCAUGCAUGGAGUCACCAACCGAUCUGUGGAGGCCAUCUGUGCGAAGUGUACAGAGCUACAACACAUUGUGAUAGAGGACAGCGAACACAUCAACAGAGAUGCACUCACUGACCUUGUCAGCAGCAUACCAGGCCUCCAGGAACUACAUGUCAACAAUUGUGGGGGUGUGAUGUAUCCAGAAAUAUCAAACCAGGAUCCUAGUCAGAAACUCGGCCUGACCACACUCAGUUUGAUCGGCACAGCUCUUUCAACAGAAGAUGUAAGCACACUCCUAAAAAACUGUCCAGCGUUGUGUGACCUUGACCUCAGUGACACCUAUGACUUAACCUGCUUUCCAAGUGAUGUAUUACCCACACAGAGGAGUGGCUUAGACACCCUGCAGUCCCUCAGACUCCGAAACAGCAGAGGACUACAGGACUUGACCCUCGAACACUGCCCACAGCUGAGGAUGGUGGACGUACGUGGAUGUAUGGGUCUCACCUCCCUUAAGCUCUCCUGUCCCAGAGUUGAAGACGUACUCCUGGAGGAUGUCAACCAACUGAAGGAACUGUUGUUGUCACCUUGUAACAUGGUCAAAGUCAAGGUCACUGAUCAUGCUAGUUUGAAGAGUCUAGAGGUCACCAGUCCUGUCCUAGAGUCUGUCAGCCUCUGUAACUGUCCACUAUUAUCAACAGAUACCUUGGUGUCUAAUGUGAAGGAGCGUCAUAACAUCACCAAACUCAUUCUAAACAAAUGUAUAAACAUUCCACCCGAGGAUCUCAACCUCUUCAUUCUGCCAGCAUUUCCAAACUUAAGUUGUCUGUCAUACAGUGGCCAUGCUUGGAGUGACGUACAGAUAACCAGCUCUCAAAUCGACACUCUGAUGUUUGGGGACUGUCUCAAUGUGACUGGUCUCCCUGUCAACAUUCCGUCCCUUCAGAAACUGUCACUGUUCCGGUGUCGUGACAUCACGGAGAGUGAGCUGGUCAAUGGCCUGCUAUUUGGAAACCAGGCUCUUGACAACCACAAUAAGUUGACCCCUACAGGGAAGACUCAGGUGACCUUGGAACCGUUCUCUGAGAACACAGGAACACCACACCUGAAGGAGCUCAUGUUGAGUGAAAUGGUCGGAAUCCAUGGCAACAUGCUGUCAGGGGCCAUGUCCAAUUUCCAGGAUCUGACGCGGCUUGAGCUGAUCAACUGUGCGCGUCUAGCUCAGUUGAGUUUAUGUGACUGCGCCAAUCUAACCCAUGUGGUGGUACGCAGUUGUAACAGACUGACCAAGAUGGUCAUUCAGCGGUCGGCACCCUGUGUACAAACUGUGGAAUUGAAGUGGUGUGGUAUGGUGGAACAUUUCUCGUGUAAUGGGAACAGACUUCACUCUCUAAGUGUAUUAGCCACCAACUUUGUACACUUCUCUGUGUCCAGUACUUCCCUGACCACACUGGCUCUAACUGGUGUCCUCACUCAGACUGGACACUCCCUCACUGUAAAUUGUCCACACCUAACCUCCCUGUCCCUACAAAAGUGUGACCUACUGACCACUGUCCAGCUGAGACACCUACUGAACCAUGCAGCUGAACUGAUCGCUGUGGAUGUCAGGGGUUCUUCCUCACUAAGUUCUCUAGAGGUUCCUGGAGGAGUAAAGACAUGCUAUCUUAUGGGCCACAGAAAGCUCCAGGAAAUCUCGGUUCAGCAUCCGAUACAGCUGUCCCGCAUCACGCUAAACAACCUUCCUAAGUUUGUUCCAAACCAGCGUAUGACCCUCCUGAAGGCCUGUGAGGAUACCCUGACUGUGUUAGACUUGCGAGCUAUACCAGGGGAGACAAAUCUUGUGAUUCAACUGAAAAAUUUAGAAUCAUUGACACUUGAUCAGGGCCUCUACCUCGACCGUCUCGAGAUUCUUUGCCCGAAGUUGACCUACCUAAGGAUACAGGGUUGUCCAAAACUUUGGCAUCUGACCAUAGAACUGGACCGACUGUCCCAGCUACAAAUUACACACAGCUCACCACUGCUAGCCCUAAGGUCCAUGGAGCUACAUACAUCACGCGUCACCUACCUCGCCAAGGUCAUAGCAUACUACUGUCCCAAGUUGGAGAUUCUGAAGCUGUACAAAACCUAUGUAACUCAAGAAAUGAUCAAUAAGCUUGGUAGCCUCAUUCCAACCCUGAAGAAGUUAAGUUUAUAUGGUUGUCAUGGUUACACAAGCAUUGGGUGCGGGUCUGUGAACCCUGGUUCUACAUCUCUCUACAUCACAAGUCAGGAUAUCCCGGGCUCCUGACACCAGGUCACUCCUAUAGACUUGUCAGCUGCUGUUGACAGAAAAUGCUGCAGGGAUAGAUAACUACCCGAGAUAGACAGUAAGGCAUGCUGCAAGGAUCCCAUACCAAAAUCAGCUACCCAGGAGCACAUGUGCUGCACAUAAGUUUCACAUAAAUAGCUGAGAUAGACAAGAAGGCAUGCUGCAGGGAUAGAUAACUAGCAGAGAUAUAUAACAAGGCAUGCUGCAGGGUUAGAUAACUAGCCGAGAUAGACAAGAAGGCAUGCUGCAGGGAUAGAUAACUAGCAGAGAUAUACAACAAGGCAUGCUGCAGGGUUAGAAAACUAGCCGAGAUAGACAACAAGGCAUGAUGCAGGGAUAGAUAACUAGCCGAGAUAGACAACAAGGCAUGCUGCAGGGAUGGACAGUUGGGAAUGCUGUACGGGGACAAAAGGCUGGCUAUAGAGAAACACAUCCAUGUGUGCUGCAGAGAUUGACAACUUGGUAUGCUACAAAGAUAAUCAACUAUACAUGCUGCAGAGAUUAUAUUACUAGGUGUGCUGUAGAGAUUGAUAACUUGGUAUGCUACAAGUAUAAUCAACUAUACAUGCUGCAGAGAUUAUAUUACUAGGUGUGCUGUAUAGAUUGAUAACUUGGUAUGCUACAAGGAUAAUCAACUAUACAUGCUGCAGAGAUUAUAUUACUAGGUGUGUUGUAGAGACAGUUUCACUUCGGCAUGUUGCAGACCUGCCAAUCAGCCAAACAAACAACUAAUAAUGAUGCCAUACUACUUCAUAUCACUGAGCAUUAUGUAAAACAUGAACAUCAACUUUAAACAUGAAAUACUGUACUAGGUUUUGAUCAUAUUAUUCUGAUGUAAUGAUUUUAAACCACAAAAUUUGAAUUUAAACCAUAAUCCCUAUGUACAUAAAUGUUAAUACAAGACCAUGUAUCCCAGCAGCUCCAUUAAAUUUGGGUAACCUUAAGCUCAUUUCCUGUCGUUGAAAAGUAUAAGGUCUUCCAAGGUAGCAUCACACUUUAAAGCAAACUUCUACCGUAAAAGUGGAAAUUAUUGCGUGUGGAAAUGUUCGGGUUGUCUCACUGUAAAGUGGAAUGUUCUCAUCAGCAAUAAGUCUUUAUUAUUCUAUUUACCUUUAAAUGGUCUAGAUCAUCUGUAUAUAAAUAUUCAUAUUUGAUAUUUUACCGCCAAUAUACUAAACAUAAAAAUUUCCACUUUUAUAGUAUUUUAUAGUAUAGCGAAUAUAUAUGUUCAUUUAUAUAUUGCUCAGUACCAUUACAAUGGCUUGUUAGUGCCAUAGAGGCUAUAAGGCAGCUCCAGGGUAGAUAUUUUCCCCUAAUGCUACUAUGCACAUAUCUUACACCUAAUAGUAAACCUUUAUACAUGUGUGAAAAUUAAACAUUGAUUUUGUGAUUUUUAAUUCAAAAUUAACCUAAUAACCUUGAACAAGUAAUUCAAGUAUCAUUCACUUAUGCUUGUUAAAUGAUGUAUGUAAAGCCCCCUCCCCAAAUCUCCCUUCCCUUCAGUAUCAUUCACUUAUCCCUGUUAGAUGAUGUAUGUACAGCCCCCUCUCCAAAUCUUCUUCCCUUCAGUAUCAUUCACUUAUCCCUGUUAGAGGAUGUAUGUACAGCCCCCUCCACAAAUCUCCCUUCCCUUCAGUAUCAUUCACUUAUCCCUGUUAGAGGAUGUAUGUACAGCGCCCUCCCCAAAUCUCCCUUCCCUUCAGUAUCAUUCACUUAUCCCUGUUAGAGGAUUUAUGUACAGCCCCCUCCCCAAAUCUCCCUUCCCUUCAGUAUCAUUAACUUAUCCCUGUUAGAUGAUGUAUGUACAGCCCCCUCCACAAAUCUCCCUACCCUUCAGUAUCAUUAACUUAUCCCUGUUAGAUGAUGUAUGUACAGCCCCCUCCCCAAUUCUCCCUUCCCUUCCAGUAUCAUUCACUUAUCCCUGUCAGAUUAUGUAUGUACAGCCCCCUCCCCAAAUCUCCCAUCCCUUUCUAGUAUAAGGUGACACAUCACCAGUGUUAGGUUGUGGUUUUUGAAUGGUUUAAACAUUUCUUAUAUAGUAACCAGUUGUUGAUGUUUGUUAAGGGUGAUAGACUGUGGUGUUACCACUGGAGAGCAUGACAGAUUAUAGGGAUCAGAAACACAGGAAUAUGUCUCCCCUUAGAAGAAGAGAAGCAUGUAUAAGCUUUUACUAGUUACAUUUUAUUCAGGCCGUUACUUUUAAAAUAGAUUUCCUGAUGAAACUUGAUCACAGGUGUAGAGUGCAUUGUUAUAAGGUCACCAUUACCUUGGCCUCUUGGCCAAAGGUCAAAUAAAUGUCAACUUUCAGUUGAAAUUUAAAAAAAUAAAUUUGUUGUAGACAUUGUGAUGAAACUUGAAGCUCCCCUUCAUCACACACAGGUGUGCAGUUCAAUGUUAUUCUGUCAUAGUAAUAUUCACCACCGGGUAUAUGAAAUUCAAAACAUUUUAGUUAAAUCUUGUCUGGGGUUAGAGUUAAGGGAGACAUAUUGUGUAAGUACUGGUUCUUCUAAUAAUUUCUUGACCGUGCCGUAACUUUUAAACCAUUAAAGAUGUCUUGAUUAAGCUUGCAGUAUAUCUGCAUCUCACAAAGACGAUAAGCAGUGCACUAUUAUUAGGUCACUGACCUUGACCUUAAGGUCAAAGUGCAAACUUUUCAGUGGUGACUCUCAAGGUAGUGUGUCAGCAUCUCCACAACUUUUUAACUGCAUUUAAUACAUGUAUGCAUUUAUAAGAAGGCAGUUCAUCUUAAACCUAAAUGUACAUAAGAGAAUUGUAGAUAAAUGGUUAUUUGACAUAUUUCCACAUUUUUGUUUCGCAAGAGAAAGGGAGAAAUGUUUUUUGUUCACGAAAACAAAUCUCUAAAUGUUACCUUGAACUCAAAGGUUAAAUACAAUGUAAAAUCAAAUAUGCAUAUGGCUAAUAGGAGACCUGAUUUUCUUUGCAUGUUACCGGGUAUAUCAGAUUCUCUAGCUUGAAAUUGAAAAAUAUGAUAUUUUUUUGUGUAUGAAAAUUGAUAAAAAGCACUCAUUUUUUUUCAAACUUUUUGUUUUAACAGCAUAAUAUCAGGUGGCGAAAAAUGAAGUCCAUUUGUCCUGCAAAUGAGAUAGAAAAAUCUCAGACUGGAAUUUUUUUUUUAUACAUUGUACCUACAAAGUGUAUACUACGUUGACUUAAAUGAUCUCCAAAAAAAAUCAAAAUAUCCUUCUGCCAAGGAAAAAGAAAAAGUAUUUUGAUAUUCCAAAUGAUUUGUAAGAGUUGUCAAAAUAAACUGUUAUUAAAUGUGUGCAUCAUAUUACAUGUACUAUGUUUUGAUAACAUGGUGUGAAUUUCGAAUGACAUUACCUCUUUAAACGAUCUUAUUUAUGGUUCAUUGUUAGCAAUCAUAAAACAAUUGUACUGUUUGUGAAUGUUGACUCCAUUUGUUCACAUUUAAAUAAAUACCGUAAAACG